UGUUUGCUAUUUUGUAAUUGGUCAGCCCUGCGUUGGUUGUGCAGUGUGAGAAGGGGCCCUUGUUGAUUUCAGGAGUCAUCAUGGCGCUCAAUGCGACAAUUAAAGAGCACCCGUACGCCCAUCUGAUCGACACGUUACCAGAUGGUAUCAAGUUCUACAACCCACGUAAAUUAGGCGACCCGAGAUACGACAAACUGCCGCUGUCCAUCCGGAUCUUGCUGGAGGCGGCGAUUCGCAACUGUGACGGUUUCUACACGAAAGAGGAGGAUGUGCAGAACAUCUUGGACUGGCAGCAGCAGCAGGAAAAGGCAGCGGUGCCGUUCUCCCCGGCUCGAGUCCUUCUGCAGGACUUCACUGGUAUUCCUGCUAUGGUGGACCUGGCAGCUAUGAGAGACGCUGUGGCCAAACACGGCGUCGACCCCGACCUAGUCAACCCGAAAUGCCCCACGGACCUCAUCGUAGACCACUCGCUACAAAUCGAUUACAGCAAAUGCGCCAUACAGAACGCUCCCAACCCGGGUGGAGGCGACAGCUCCAACCAGAGCCAGCCUCCUCCUCCUCGGUCCACAGCGGCCCGGCCUCCGUCCAGAGGCGGCUCCCACUGCGGGGGCCAGCGGGGCUCCUGCAGCAAGGCCGCCUGCAGCGACCCCCCCGCCUCGUCGGGCCGUCCUACCUCUGUCCAGCAGAUCGAAAACACUCCCCUGCUCUGCCCCUUCCACCUGCAGCCCGUUUCUGAAGUGGAAACGGCUUUGAAGAACCAGGAAAUGGAACUGCAGCGAAACAAAGAGAGGCUUCAUUUUUUUAAGUGGUGUUCGAAGGCUUUUAAAAAUGUGAACGUGGUUCCUCCGGACGUCGGCGCCGUCCACCAGGUGAACCUGGAGUAUCUGUCCAGGGUGGUGCAGGUCAGCGACGGACUGAUCUAUCCCGACAGCGUGGUGGGCACCGACUCCCACACCACCAUGAUCAACGGCCUGGGAAUCCUGGGAUGGGGCGUCGGAGGAAUCGAGUCUGAAGCAGUGAUGCUGGGCCAACCGGUGUCGCUGACCCUACCUCAGGUGAUGGGCUGCAAACUGGUGGGCUCCAUCAACCCGCUGGCCACCUCCAUCGACAUCGUCCUCGGCAUCACAAAGCACUUGCGGCAGGCGGGAAUCUCUGGGAAGUUUGUGGAGUUUUUUGGACCAGGUGUCUCCCAGUUGUCGGCGCCUGACCGGACCACCAUCGCCAAUAUGUGUCCAGAAUACAACGCCACCGUCAGCUUCUUCCCCGUCGACCACGUAACACUCAAGCACUUUAAAAAGACAAAUUUCACUGACAAAAAGCUUGAAUUACUGGAGUCCUACAUGAAGGCUGUAAAUCUUUUCCGAAGCUAUGAAGAAUCCUCAGAAGAUCCUCAGUUCUCAGAGGUGAUCGAGAUCAACCUGAGCUCCAUGGUUCCCCACGUAAGCGGACCCAAAAGACCCCAAGACAGAGUGGCCAUCAGCAGCAUGAAGGACGACUUCCAGAGCUGCCUCAACGAGAAGGUGGGAUUUAAAGGCUUCCACAUCGCCAAGGAGAAGCAGGACGUCCGCAUCCCCUUCCUGCACGGCGGUCAGGAGUAUCAGCUGGCGCACGGCUCCGUGGUCAUCGCCGCCGUCAUCAGCUGCACCAACAACUGCAACCCGUCUGUCAUGCUCACCGCAGGCCUGAUGGCCAAGAAGGCCGUGGAAGCCGGGCUCGUCGUCAAGCCCUACAUCCGGACCAGCCUGGCUCCUGGAAGUGGGAUGGUCACCCACUACCUCAACGCCAGUGGAGUCCUGCCUUACUUCAACCAGCUGGGGUUUGAGGUCAUAGGUUAUGGCUGCGCCACCUGCGUGGGGAACACGGCGCCACUACCAGAAGCCGUAGUCGACGCCAUCAAAAAGGGGGACCUGGUGGCCUGCGGUGUGUUGUCUGGCAACAGGCACUUCGAAGGCCGGCUGUGUGACUGCGUGCGCGCCAACUAUCUGGCCUCCCCUCCCUUGGUGGUGGCGUACGCCAUCGCAGGCACAGUGGGAAUCGACUUUGAGAAAGAGCCUCUAGGCUGGACUUCGGAGGGUAAGGAAGUGUAUCUUCGUGACAUUUGGCCAUCCAGAGAGGAAGUCCAACAGACCGAGGAGGACACGGUCAUCUCUGCCAUCUUUAAGGACCUCAGGAGGAGGUUGGAGAAAGGGAACACGUUUUGGAACAAGAUUGAAUGUCCAGACUCGGUGGUUUUCCCCUGGGAUCACAAGUCCACGUAUAUCCGCUCGCCACCGUUCUUCAGCAAACUCAGUAAAGAUAUUCCUCCGCCCCAGUCGAUAGAAAACGCUCACGCCUUACUGUUCCUCGGAGACAAAGUGACCACGGAUCACAUCUCACCAGCCGGCAGCAUUUCCAGAGUCAGCGCCGCCGCCAAGUACCUGCAGAGCAAACGGCUGACGCCACGGGAGUUUAACUCGUACGGCGCUCGCCGAGGGAAUGACGCGGUGAUGACGAGAGGAACCUUUGCCAGCAUCAAGCUCCACAAUCGGUUCAUCGGCAAGCCAGGCCCAAAGACUCUGCACAUUCCCUCCGGCCAGACUCUGGAUGUGUUUGAGGCAGCUGAUCGCUAUCAGAGAGACGGCACACCCCUCAUCAUCCUGGCAGGAAAAGACUACGGCUCUGGAAACUCCAGGGACUGGGUAGCUAAGGGACCGUACCUGCUGGGCGUCCGCGCCGUCAUCGCCGAGAGCUUCGAGAAGCUCCACAAGAGCCAGCUGGUGGGGAUGGGCAUAAUGCCGCUGCAGUUUGUGUCGGGGCAAAACGCUGACACGCUGGAGCUGAGUGGGAAGGAGCGCUUCAGCGUGGCGCUGCCGGAGAGCCUGCGGCCGCGGCAACAGCUCACCGUCAGGACCAGCAAAGGGACGUCGUUCAGCGUCACGGCGCUGUUCGACUCCGAGGUGGACGUUAUCUUUUUCCAACACGGGGGGCUUCUGAGGUUCGUCGCUCGGACUGUGGUGGAAAACGGACCGGCCGCCGCCGCCGCCGGCGAACAGCGGCUGACUUCAGUCUGAAUCCUCUGCCGGUUCUCGGUCUCGUCCGCUUCUACGUCCUCAGACUUUUGGAACGUCCGUUUUUUUGUUUUUGUUCAUUUUUUUUUUUUUUUAAGCCUGUAGCGGGAGCGUCUUUUAAGUUAAUACACAAACGUCAGCAUUUCUGCUCACAAGUAUAAACCCAAGAAGAAGAAGAAGAAACGACGGCGUUCACCGUGUGUGGAGACUGUACUGCCUGUAAACGUGGUCGUCUUGUGUUUCGUUGCUGGAGAACUCUGGAGGUUUUUCAUUUGACUGUUCUGUAGCCAACACCGCUUUGGAAAGCUAAGAUGGAGCACUUCAUCGCAACCUGAUUUUUUCCCCCCAAUAUCAGAAUUCUGCAUGAUUUUUUUUUUCCGUCGGAGCAGAAUCGUCUCUUGUGCUGGUGAUGUUUCUUUAAUUGGGUGUUUUCCAGAAAAUAACAGUUUUGUGAUGAAAUCAAUUGUGUGUUAAUACUCUUCACCUGUACAAUGCCGGUCAGAAGUUUGGCUUUUUAUUUUUAUGGUGGGUCAACAAUACAACAUACAACCAGCGAUUUUAUUUUUCAAAACAAUAAUUCACCGUUUUCUCUACCGUCCAAUUGGUCAAACGUGUACAUGCACGCUAAAAUAUAUCUAUAUACACCCACUAAUAUUUUGUCAAAUGUCUUUUUGUAAAGUUUUCUUCGUUGUAGUCUGGCAGUCAUUCUGACUGCAUCGUCUUUCCAGAAAUGCUGAUAAAUUUUAAGCAUCACCCACAAAUGUUCAACAGGAUGGACAUCCGGUCCAAUCAGUAUUGCUAAUGUACUUUGACCAAUCCAGAACCAGUUCUGAUGUGAGCUUGUUGUUGCAGAACUUUAUCUUCAACUUUCAUCCAUUUGACUCAAACCGUUAUCAAAUCUGCAUGGAUCAGAGAAACUCUUUAUGGUCAGAUUGGUCUCUUUGGUCUUAAUGACAAGACUUAUGUAUGGUAGUGGAGGCAUCAUGCUGUGGAAAUGGUGCAUUGUAUACUUGGAGGAAAAGAAAAAAACAUCCAAAUUCAAUUUAAAUAUUUUUGCCCUGCAAAAACAUACAAACUCUCAGCACACUUGAGAUUAGACUAAAUUAGUUUCAAAGUAAUAAUUCAGCAAAAUAUGAGCUAAAUAAGUAAAUAAUUCUUUGUUCAUUUUAAAUAGUACAAGUUCCACUGGUAUAUUUGUUUCACUUGCAGUAAAGACAUUUUACCCAUGUUCUAAGUGGAACUAUUGCUUUUU